GUUUUUGGUGUGGGGCAGAAUGAUUACGACGGAAAAAAAAAGGAUCUGGACCGUAAUAAAACACGAACUCCGGUGGAUGAGAACCAGAGGACGAGUGCGCCAACAUCUACUUCAAUAUUACCGUCUUUUGUGAAUACCACAUCAAAAAACCUGCAUUCCCAGCAGCUGUUGCAGUUGCAGUCGUGUUGGGUGAAGCUUGCACGGAGGAAAAUGGCCUGCACAGAUGCUGUGAUUCCAAGUUCAGACGGUGGAGAUAGUUGGGCCGGUGAAGCGGAUCGUGGAACUAAUAUCGAACCUUGUUCCGCGUUCGACGCCCAAGGCCUGGCGCAGAUUGCGUACUCCCUGGACAAAAUCGUGCGGCUAUUGAGAGGAAAAGCCCCCCCUCCCCAUAUUGAAAAGGUAUGUUUCCAAAAAUUUGUGUUGCGGAUUUGAGGUCACAAAUCACAUCUGUCCUUCAAGAAGACAACGGCAGAAGCUUCCGCCCCAUUAUGGAAGCGAUUUGUCACGCUGUUCGGCCGAACGGGGAGCCGUUUGCCAUGCUGAACAACUAGACCCAUACGCCCCUACCAAGCCCGGGGAUCUGGCCGCAACGCCUCUCUGCAAUACAAAGCUGAUUUGUGGCCAAAAAUCGGCAUCGCAAAUUUUCGCUUUGAUAUGGGGAGGGGGGAUUUUUCAUUUUGAUAGCGGCAGGGGGAGGAAGCAACGGGGGAACGGCUUUUGAAGGACCGCUGGCUGCAGUUCUUCCUGUACUGCUGGUUUCCGGCGUAUCAGACGCUCGCACGGCGGAGCAGUCGCGAGCGUUUGAAUAGAACAACUUCAGGAGCAGCCAGAAUGCCGGGACUACAAGAGCAGGAUGAAGACAGAAUGGUGAGGGCACCAGCAAAUAAAACUUUUCUUCACGCGCCAGAAACGCUGCAGAAUCUGAUUUACGGUGUGGCAAAUUUGAGCGAGGCGUAUGGGCGAACGCAUCGGCCGAAGCUCUGGGACUACCGCAUCGUGGAAUUUGCGAGACUUUGGGAGCAGGAGUUUUCAAAUGUAGCAAUAAGCUGCGGUCUUCAACAAUAUGACGAGAUGUUGUGGCACAGUCACCGACGUUCGUCUUUGAGUAGCAUCAACUCCCUGAACGCCAUGCAGCUAUCGGUGUGCCUCUAUUCGCUGGGACGGCUGCGGACUUCUGUCGGCAGCGAGGGUGCGGCUCCUCGUUGCGUAGCGAUGGAAGAAAGGAGUGACACUGCAGCUCAAGAGGCCGCAGAGGAAAUCGAGGGUACUACAGAUCCUGAAACUACGCUGCUGGACCUGGACGGCAAGGAGAAAGAUGACGUCAGUGGUUUAAUCUCUGCCAGAAGUGGUAGCAGCUCCUCUUCUUGUUCGCUCUCUUCGAAAAAUUUUUUCGCGAGUUGGCUCUCAGCGGCGCGGCGGGUCGAGACAGACUUCACCACCCAGGGCUGGGUGACUAGUCUGUAUGGGUUAGGGUUGGCGUGUGGCAGCGCCGAGAAGGAUCAUGCAAGUGGGCAGCACCACGGGGAGAGGACGACGUCGGGACCAUUUUUUCGAGAAAGCAGAAGUACGGAAGUCACAGCAUCGUUUUGUUCUUCUGAGGGGGUGGAAAACGACAUGGGGAACGGAAUAGACAACGGCACUGCUGCUGCUGCUGCUGUCGACGAGGACCCAAAUGCAGGAGCUUUGAUGUUCCCCGCAGAGCUAGCGGACUUUUUACAGCGGGGGAUUGAGAAUAAUGUCCUCAGUCUCGACGACGAAGAAGAAGAAGCUCGUCAAGGGCUCGUGCAGUAUCGGCGGGCUACAUCGGUUCAUUCUUUGUCAGGAACCGGCAGAGGUCUGCACAACCAAGAACAGAGCGACGGUGGCAUAUUAAUAUGUCGUACAAAGUUCUUAUCGGAACAAGCACUUUCCCUAUCCGUCUACAGCCUCGCGCUGCUGAAUUUAGUGCCGCAAGCUUCUUAUCGGAAGAGAUGGCUGUCUUGUUUUCUCGGAAGAAACGCUCCGCUAACCCCUCUGGCGAUCGGAAACAUUGCGUUUGCCUGGGCGACAUUUAGCUUGGAAAUUACUGACUGAUUUUUAGCGCGGUAGUUGUUGGGUAAGAUACUCAGUGAAGGCGUCAAAGUAGCAGGCAGCUCGUUGGAAGAUUGGAGGGGCCUUAUGUCGACAUGUGGCAUGCGUUCGCUUGCCAUGUGCGAUUAUUCAUGGUUUUGAUGAUAGCGAGCAUGCAAAACUCUUCUGUAUGAUGAAUUUCAUAUCGAUAUCAGUAAAGUAAGUUUUUCGUUUGCUUGGUAUGCCAAGAAGUAACACUCGUUCUUGCCGCGCUGAAGAGCAGAAGAACUUUUUGGUUUUUAUUGCGCACGAACCCUCGAAUGUGGAAUAAAAUUAAAA